AUGUCUCGUUCCAACCAGCCCAAAUCACCCGAUGCAUCUGGGAGUCCUCAAGGACCUUUCCCAGUGCCCAACGCAACUCUACCGUUCUGGAGGACAGACCUUCACGAACUAGACGAUCAUCGAAGCACACCCGAAUUGCCACAACAAUGCGACGUCUUGAUCAUCGGGUCUGGCCUCUCAGGUGCCGCCACUGCCUAUCACAUACUUGACAAUAACCCUUCGCCACCGUCCAUCGUCAUUUUAGAGGCACGUCAGGCAUGCUCAGGAGCCACAGGCCGUAAUGGUGGGCAUGUCAAGCCAGACCUGUACUACCGUGUGCCCCAAUAUGCACGCUUGUAUGGCAAGCAGGCAGCCGCCGACAUGGCAGUAUUCGAGAUGGACCACGUGCAGGCAGUCAAAGAUCUGGUGGAAAAGGAGUGCAUCGACUGCGAUUUCGUCCUCACUCGUGCCUACGAUGUCAUUAUUGAUCCCAAGCUGGCGGAGACAACCAAGAGCGAGUUUGAUCAACUGGUAGCAGAAGGUUUUCCGACGACCAAGGAUGUGUGGUAUGCCCCGGCUGCUUCUGCCAAAGCCCUGACGGGCGUCAAAGAUGCCCAGUGUGCUUUCUCCUUUACAGUGGCCAGCUUAUGGCCAUACAAGCUCGUCAUGCACCUUCUGUCGUUGGCUGUCAAGAGGGGGGCCAACUUGCAAACACAUACCCCUGUCACAUCCGUCUCGGAAACCCUGGACGCCGAUGGCUACUGGCUCGUGACAACUUCUCGGGGACUGAUCAAGGCAAAGAAGAUCGUCUUUGCUACGAAUGGCUAUACCGCAGGCCUUCUGCCAGAGUUCCGGGAGAAGAUCAUCCCUGUUCGUGGGAUUUGCAGCAGGAUUGCUCUCCCCAAGGGAAAGGAAGCCCCGUCUCUACCGUUCUCCUAUAGUGUACGCCACAAUGCCAAAGGUGCAGAUUAUCAAAUCACUAGACCCGAUGGAAGCAUCAUCGUGGGUGGAGGUCGACCCGCGUACUGGCACAAAGGCAACGAGUGGUAUAACAUCUAUGACGAUUCUCAGAUGAUAGAGCCUGCUGUGUCAUAUUUCGACGGCCUCAUGCAGAGAACGUACCGUGGUUGGGAAGAUAGUGGCGCCGCUGUUGAUAAAGUCUGGACUGGAAUUCUAGGGUAUAGUAAUGACUUAGUUCCAUACGCGGGGGCGGUUCCAUACAAGGAUGGACAGUUCAUCUGUGCCGGGUUCAACGGACAUGGCAUGCCGGCGAUUCUACUCACAUCAAAGGGCAUUGCCAAGAUGGUUAAUGAAGGCUGUGCCUUCGAGGAGACGGGUGUGCCGUGGCCUUUUAAAGCCACUCCGUCUCGUCUACAGAACCCGUCUAAUGCUAUUAUAGACAUGGUAGUACAAGCAAAGUUGUAA